UUAACUUUUAGAUCAUUUGGGAUAAGAACAUAUGUAAACAACGUAAAGGCCAUGGGGUUGAUUUAAGGGAUCAUACUGAUAAAAUAAAAGGUAUAGCUUGUUUGCCUAAAGCUUCUACCAAAUGGAUACAUGUAACCACUUAAUGACACGUGGGUAUUUCAUGUAAAAACAGCAUCAUGGGGACCACGCCCUGUCAUUGUAGAAACAAAAACCAUAACAACAGACUUUCUUAGGUUUUAACCAUUGUGAUCAAUUUUGUGUUGCCUCAUAUUUUCUUGACAGGAAGCCAUGACUGGACAAUUUCUAUACAUACUUUGUGACAUGAGAAAUGUAAAUAGGAAUGGUAUAUAAGUGAAAUAAUUUACUAAUCAUUUAAUACAUCGUUACUUCCCAUCACUUUCAAGUGGUAUACUUCAGUGAAACAUUAGAUUUUGUGAAUUCUUUUAAAGGCGAAGAUUACUCAAAUUUAUAGUUAGGAAAUUGUAAUUUCUUAUAAUAAAACUAAACGUUUUUGGAUGGUUUACCACUUGUAUAGCCGCGGUUUACUACAAAUACCACGUUAAACUAUUGUUACUGUAAUAAAACGAUUUCUGUAUAUGCUAUAUUAAAUCCUUGUAUAAUUUUCGCAAGUCUUGUCCUCAGUGACAAAUCGUGGUAGUCCCUAAAACAUUUAGUGUUAUCGUCUCAGUAGCAUGUUAAAUUAAACACUCCACACGCGCCUAUAAAUUAUUUAUCGUGUGACUGAUACCCACUUUCUCCUGCAUUUAGAGAUUUAAAUGAAAACAAAAUACUACUUCACAAAUUAUUGAUAAAAUAUAUUAAACCCUUUGCUCGCACGUUGGCAUUUGUGAUAAACCACCAAACAUUCAAAUAAGUCUCACAAUUACAAUAUGCACCCGAGCAUCACGAAAUUGCCCCACUACCACGAAGGCGUAGCUCAUGAAUAUUAAUUACGCAACCACGUCUUUGCUGAAACAUCGACUCACGUAACGUAAUUAAUGUUUAUGAACCAAUCCCUGGCCAUAGUAGGAAACGUGUUAUCCACAAAUGUGUGCCUCAUUCGCCUCCCAUCUUCCAUGUUUACGUCAAAUCCUACCCAGCCAGCAGCGGAUGUUAAUGGGAAAGUGGGGCCACAAACGCUAACGUAUGGUCUGAAAACACUGGAAGAGUUCUUCGACCCGACAUCUUUAUCAACUUAAGGGAUAGAGGUAACGACGCUUUCCCUCCGUGGUCAUUACGCGUUUUAUAGCGUUGUCGUGGUAACGCUAUUGGAGCCAUCGGUGUGUUUUUGACUGAGGCCUGUGUUAGAAUCAGUGAUGUGAGCCAAGGGAUUUUUAUUGCUUACGAAACAGGCAGUUUGAGCAGAGCUCUCUUCUCUAGCACCCGUCAAGGGAACUAACAUGUCCAGUGACCCCCCUCCUCCUUAUCCAGGGGGCCCAAAUGCCCCUCUUCUCGAGGAGAAAAAUGGACAACCUCCAGUUUCUGGAGCCAGUGCUCCAGUAAUGACAGGACCGCCGCAGGGCCACCCCCUGCCUCCAGAAUACGGACCUCCACCUUAUGAAGCCAUUCUACAGCCUGGGUUUGUUCCACCGCAUGUGCCAGGCGAGAGCGCAACGCCUAAGCCUAUGGCUGUACCAAUGCACAUGCAGCAUCCCUAUGGUGGUUACUACGCUCCCCCUGGGCAUUUUCCUCAUACAGUGGGAGUGGAGCACUAUGGUCCGGGGCCCAGUCACUUUGCUCCGGGUCACACAGCCACGGUUCUCACCUCUCCUGGCGCAGCCACCACUGUGACCGUUAUGCAGGGGGAGAUGUUUCAGUCAGCUCCAGUGGAAACCCUGUGUCCGCACUGCCAGCAGCCCAUCGUCACCCGCAUCACCCAUGACAUUGGCCUCAUGAAUACCCUCUUCUGUCUGUUCUGCUUCUUUGUCGGUUGUGAUCUGGGCUGUUGCUUGAUCCCCUGCAUGAUUGACGAGCUCAAGGAUGUGACACAUACUUGCCCGAACUGCAAGGGCUAUAUUUACACAUACAAGCGAAUAUGCUAACAUUUAUAUGCUGACAACAAUCGUCCUGUGACCUCAGUCUGGUGGGUUUACAACUUACUUUCUUUUCCGUCCAAUACCCAUAUUUUUCUUUUCCGGCCCAUAUUUCUUGUCACUUCUCACUUUAUAUAACUAUCAAAUCUCACUCUUAAUGUACUGAGACUACAAUGUAGUUUGAGGCUAAAAUCUGUCAAAUGAAGCAGCUCUGUCUAGCAGAUGAUAAAGGAAGGAAUGAGAAACAUAUUAUAUGCAAAAUGAUAACAUUGAGUCAUUAAAGGACUAUUAUGUUUUUUAUUUUAGCAACAAAGUCUACGAGUUUAGAGAAUAUGUGAAAUGAUAACUUUUAACAAGCUCGUAUGUCAAUAUUACAGAGUAGUAAAACUGAAUUUCACUUCAGGUCAGUAUUGUUUUAUUGUUACUGUAGGAGCUGUUGUUUUUAUGCAUUAUUUUAACAUGUAAAAAUGGAGGUCUUUGAAUGAGACUAUUAUUAAAGUCCUAGAGUAACGUUGCUUUUUCCUGUGAAAAUAAGUUUUCUCUGUAUUUGUCAUCUUAUGCAAAUGUGAACGUUUUUUUCUUUAACCUUUGUUUGUUGGUAAUAUUUGUUUCCAGUUCACUUGAUGUAAUAUGCAUUAUUGUGUAGAUCUGGUUCAUUUAAAACAUAGGGUUUCUUUUACUCAAUGAGCUUCAUUGAUAGAUCAGUAAAGCUUAUAGUGUGUUAAUACAAUGUAGUUCAUGUUAGGGUCAAAUACACAUUUCCUUUUAAACUGUGAAUCAAAAUUAUAGCUUCAGUGGUUCUUCUUGAACCACUAUACUCGCUGUCUGCGUUGUCACUAAGCAACAGAAGAUGAAAGCUGUGAGACUUGCAGAUAAGCAUCAUUUGUAAUGUUAAUUUUGGUCAGGACCGCUGAGGUUUGUUUUUUGCUUUACUUGAACCUAGUGAAGUUGUUUCCUCAAAAGAGAGAGGACGUCUUGGUACAGGUUAUUUAAAUCUGCUUGCUGUUGGAAUUCUCCAGCAUGUUGAAGACCGCUGCAUGACAUCACUGUAAUCUUUCACAGUGUUUCAUUGGGCCAUAUGUCCCUCCAGUGCUCUAAGCUCAACGCAUCACGCUGUGCUGCCUGCUACACUGAGAUUCAGAACUCAAAAGAGAUUUACUGUUCACUGUGUGCAACAGGCCACAGGGAUAUAAAGAGAUGAUUGUCCCAUUUCUCUGGAAUGAUCGGAAUGUUUCAUCUUUGGGAUUUAUCCUUGUCAUUUCUGCCAAGUUGUUUCUUAUGUGGAAAUGUUUUGAAGAUGAAUAUUUUGGGAUCAUCCAAAAAGUGCUGACCUACACUCUUAGGUGCUUCCUGAUGCCAUGGCUUUACCAUCCAUGAAAUGGUUCUUCCAUGGCAUAGCUGUGUAGAACCUUUUGUAGCACCUUUAUUUUAAAAGUGCAUCAGCUCGAUUCACAAUAACUGUUUGUCCUGGAUGCAGAAUACAGUUAAAAAUUACAAAUAUUCCGUCCUGUCUAAAAGAUGUUAUUCAUGGCAUUGUUUUUCAAAAGAAUCUACAUCAGCAGUGCUGAGACACUAUAUAUCUGAAUAUUGUAUUAAUGAAUGUUGUGUACUGCUUUCAACACGGAGAUUCAGACAAGGUCAUAUUCUGUUUCUCUAUCAGACAAUCUGACUAUUAAAACAUCAGACUUCUCCUGUAGUCUUAAUCAUAAAGAAAAAAUAGAGUUCUUUCUGUGUAAAUGUGCACAAACCCACUGUGUGACCAUAUAUGAUUGUUUUCUUGAACCAGAUCUGUUGAGUCAACACCGAAUCUUUCAAUAGUGUUUAAACCUUUACAUAUAAACAUGUACCUUUGUAUGUUUUUUUACCUCAUUUUUACUUGCUUCAUAGCAACUCUAACCGUAACUAACCCUCAACCUGCAAGCCAUGAGCCAUAAUUUCAUAACAGAUACAUGAUCUCUACCUUCUACUUCUACGUCUGAUUAUUGUAGAAUAAUCUCCAGUAAAUAUGUAUGCAUGUUCAUAGGGUUUACUUGCACAAUCCAGGCCGGCUCCCUUUAAUAUGCUCUUGACUAGGUCUACAUGCUUUGUGACUUGAUGCUGUGCCAGACAGAGUUAAUGUCAAGCUUGUGUUACCAGAAUGAAGCAACUGUAGAUAGAUGCCUUGAGAAUAAUCUGUGGCACAUGCAAUGCUAAACUGAAAUCUCCAAUGUAUAUGUAAAACUAAAUAUACUGACUGAUUAUUAUUUGAGGAAAUAAAUGGACAAACUUGACAA